UUGUAAAGCCCAUCACUGACGUGCUCUACCACGUUUUUCCAUGCCCCGUCUCGUCUGGCCGAGUCUUCGGCCAUCAGAAAAUUGGCAGAGAAUAAAAUCCUUCUCGACAAUCCAGCCACUCGCCCAAAUUGCUUGCUCGUUCAACGGCGAAAACAGAGAAGAAACGACGAAAAGAAGCGAUGGCUUCCUGCCUUCAUCGCCUCACCAAAUCCACAGGGAGGGAGCACCCCCGCUCUGACCCCAGGCGCAGGUCCGUUCGCCCAUAAGUAAACCCACGCUCUCUCUCUAGCCGGCUAGCUAACGCCGCGCCACGCAUCAUCAGACGACCCAAGAGGAGGGGAGAGGAAGGAGAGGGGCCAGCGCGUAGCGAGGCCGCACGCAGGCGCCAUGUCAUUCCCCGGCCGCCGCAAGUCGUCGCUGGCCGGCGCCGGCGGGGGCGCCGGCGCCGGGCCGUUCGACUCGCUCGGCGCGAAGCACAGCGCGUCGCGCAAGGGCGGGCGGCUGCCGGUCUACGUGGCGGGCGUCUUCUUCGUCGUCUUCGUCAUCGUCAUGUACGGGGAGGACAUCCGGUCGGUCACCCUCGAGCCGCUCGCGCGCGCCGGGCCCGUCAGGCAGCAGGCGGUCGUCGUCUCCGACGCCGGCCGCGCCGCCGCCACCCCGCGGCGCGACGUGCUCUCUUCUUCCACGGAGAAGACCAUCGCCCCGCGGCGCGACGUGCUCCCUUCUCCGGAGAGGCCCGUCCCCGUGGCGCUGCCGCGCGACGACGGGAGAGAGAGUCCAGGGCACGCGACGGCGACGGAGACGGAGGUGAUCCGGAAGGUCGCGCCCAAGGUGAAGAAGCCGAAGAAGGCGAAGAAGGCGAGGCGGCAGCGGCCGGCGAAGAAGACGGUGGCGGCGGGCGUGAUGGGGGCGCCGGAGACGUGCGACCUGUCCAGGGGCGAGUGGGUGUUCGACAACGCGAGCUACCCGCUGUACCGCGAGGAGGAGUGCUCGUUCCUGACGUCGCAGGUGACGUGCAUGAAGAACGGCCGCCGCGACGACAACUACCAGAAGUGGCGGUGGCAGCCCAAGGAGUGCGACAUGCCCAGGUUCGACGCGAAGCUCUUCAUAGAGAGGCUCCGGAACAAGCGGUUCAUGUUCGUGGGGGACUCGCUGAACCGGAACCAGUGGGAGUCGAUGGUGUGCCUGGUGCAGUCGGCGGUGUCGCCGGACAAGAAGUACGUCACAUGGGAGGACCAGCGGGUCGUCUUCCACGCCUGGGAGUUCAACGCGACGGUGGAGUUCUACUGGUCGCCGUUCCUGGUGGAGUCCAACUCGGACAACCCCAAGAUCCACAGCAUCCAGACCCGGAUCAUCGACGCGGAGGCCAUCGCGUCGCACGCCGCCAACUGGCGCAACGCCGACUACCUCGUCUUCAACACCUACAUUUGGUGGAUGAACACCCUCAACAUGAAGCUCAAGAGGCCGGGCGGGCAGGACUGGGAGGAGCAUGAGGAGGUGGUGAGGAUCGAGGCGUACCGGAAGGUUCUCAACACCUGGGCUGGCUGGGUGAACGACAACAUCGACCCGGCGCGCACGUCCGUCUUCUUCAUGAGCAUGUCCCCGCUGCACCUCAGCCCGCAGGUGUGGGGCAACCCGAACGGGAUCCGGUGCGCGAAGGAGACGAUGCCGCUGGUCAACUGGCGCGGGCCGAUAUGGCUGGGGACGGACUGGGACAUGUUCAAGGUGGCGUCCAACAUCACCCGGGCGGCGGCGCCGCGGGUGCCCAUCACCUUCGUGGACAUCACCACCAUGUCGGAGCGGCGCAAGGACGGGCACACCUCCGUGCACACCAUCCGGCAGGGGCAGAUCCUCACGCCGGAGCAGCAGGCCGACCCUGGCACCUACGCCGACUGCAUCCACUGGUGCCUCCCCGGCGUGCCCGACAUCUGGAACACCAUACUCUACACCAGGAUCAUGUCCAGGCCGGACCCCGGGAUGCCUGCUAUCACGGCCACAUAGGUUACAGCACAGAAGUUCAUUCAGAAUUCGGUUUAAAGUUUCUUCUUCUUCUUCUUCUUCUUCUUCUUUUUCUUUACAUUCUUUCUGGCCUUUUUAGUUUUUACAUGUCAAAAUACGCCAGCGUUUUUUUUUCUUUCUUUUUUUCAUUGGGGGUAGGUUAAGUGGAAAGAGAUUAUGUAAGGUGAUACAUGGCUCAUGGAUUGCCAUGUGCUGCUGGUGCACAUAUGCGCUGUAAGGAGGUUCCUGCUCAAACUGUAAAUUCUAAAGUCAAAGAGACGGACGGAUGGUUUAUAGAGAAAUGGACAGUUGCGUUCUUCAGUUUA